AAAAUAUGCGACGACGCGAAAUAUAUACUCUGAGUAUAUAUAUAUAUAUAUAUAUAUAUAUACCCCUCCCUUCUCUUCCUUUCUUUUCUGUCAAAACCCGCAAACGUUGUUUAACAGAAUCUUCUCCUCCUUCUUACCCCCCCACCCCCCUUCUCCCCCCCCCCCCCCCCACCCCUCUAUAUAUAUAGAUUCGUUGUCUUUCUCUUUUCUUCCUAAUUUUCAUAUUUGGGGUUCCAUUUCUUAUUGAUUGUGAAAGUAACUGAAGCAAUAUUUAUAGAUAAAGAUCUAGCUAGUUGAAGAUCUGGUGAAAUGGGUUCGAUCCCACCUGAAUUGAGCUUAGAUUGUAGACCAAGUUUUGUUCCUGAAUCCGUUACUGAUUUUCUUAGAAAAGUUUCUUUGAUCCGUCAUAUACCUGAUAAACUAGCACAGAUUGAUGAUUAUAUAUCCAGACUUGAUGAUGAAAUGAGGAAAAUUGAAGCCUUUAAACGCGAGCUUCCUCUUUCUGUUCUUCUUGUUAAAGACGCUAUUGGAACUUUGAGAGAAGAAUCAAUGCAAUAUAGAAAAUCAAGAAAAGAACCAGUAUUGGAAGAGUUUAUUCCACUGAAGAAGAGUUUGGAUGAAGAUACUAAAGCUGAAAUCACGGCUAAAGAUAAGGACAGUAGAGAAAAGAUGAGUUGGAUGAGCUCUGUGCAGCUCUGGAACAGUGAAUCUCACUGUGAAAAGACCGAUGAAGUGAAUAAUAAGCAGCCAUCUAAAUCAGAAUUGAAAGUGGAUACUCGGAAAUCCCUUGAAGAAGAAGGGCAUAGUUCAAUAACUGAAGAUCCAUUCCGGUCGUAUAAAACCAUGAAUGUGGGAAAGGCAUUUUCACCUUUCAAGGGGUUUUCAGUGGCAGCAGUUAGGAAGGACAAUAAAGAUGAGCUACCAGGAGUAACAGGAUUAUCGCUUCAUACUCCUGGAAUUGCGAAGCUGAGGGAGGAUACUGUGACUAGUGGUUUGAAUUCAAAACACAAUGGUAGCAGAGGUGGAUUAUCUAGUGCAGCAGGUUGCCAAUCAAAUAUAAGGACUGGAUCACUGGCUCAGCAGCAGUCUGCUAGAAAGCAAAGAAGAUGCUGGUCACCAGAACUGCAUAGGCGAUUUGUCGAUGCACUCCAACAACUUGGGGGUUCACAAGUUGCAACUCCUAAGCAGAUUAGAGAGCUCAUGCAAGUGGAUGGCCUAACAAAUGAUGAAGUAAAGAGUCAUUUGCAGAAAUAUCGGCUUCAUACACGAAGGGUUCCAAAUUCACAGACCCAACCAGCAAAUAAGUCUGGCGUGGCUCUGGGAAAUUUAUGGAUGUCCCAAGGCCAAUACGUGGAAUCCUCAAAGCGCAGUAGUUCUCAAUCUGGUUCCCCUCCCGGUCCUCUACACUUGGCUGUGAGUUGUGGCGGUACUUCCACGACUGUGGGUGAUAGCAUGGAAGAAGAAGAUGAUGUAAAAUCUGAGAAUCACAGCUGGAAAAACCAUGUUCACACCUCUGGAAAGAUUGAUGUAUAGAUCUCCACCAUGAAUUUUGCAGAUAAGAUUAUAUACAUUGGAGGAAUUAACUACCAUAAAUCGAUACCCUAUAUACUUAUUAUAUAUAAAUCUUGAGAGAGAUGUGAAAUUUUGCAGGAUUAGAUCUCCUUUUUAUGUCUGUGCAUUUCGAACCGUGUUCUAGUUAUUUGUUGUUUCAGUAUAAGGAACUUGAAUUUAAGUCCACAACACUUGAGAAAUGAAUGAGCAAUGCCUUUCUGGGAUCAAGUA